CCCAAAAAUUAAAAAAAAAAAAAGCUUGAAAAAGGAAAAAGAAUGGCCUGAAGACCCAGCAACAGGAUAGCGAAAUCUGGGACUUAUUUAUUUUUUCUUUUUGGAAAGAUUAGCGAUAUCAAUAAACAAGAAGGAAAAAAAAACCCAAAAUUCAAAGCUGCAUUAAGUGGGAUUACUGGUUGGCAAAAGUGGAUUUCUAGAACCUGUCUGGUUCUUGUUAUCAAGAUAGUGUGCUACAUGAGCUAUGGUGCUGAUGUUCAAAAGGGUUUUCUUGAGUUUUAUGGAAUAAUAUGGUUUCCAAAGGAUUCGUCAUCCAUUAUUGAGAAAGGAUUUUGCUGUUAGAAUUUAUGAAACACGGUAUGUACCUUGUUAUCAUAUGGAGAUUUCUUUGUUAAAAGCACUUCUCGGUAACAUUUCCUCAUUUUUAAAUUUGUCAUCUUUUGAGAACAUUAACUCAGAACCAGUUCAGAAGUUUUACCAGAGAGCAGAAGAGAUACUAAAGUUGUUGAAGCCAAUUCUUAGCGCAGUUAUUGAUUCAGAAAUUACUUCUGAUAAAGUGCUUGGUAAGGCAUUUGAAGGAUUGAGUCUCUCUAUAGAAGAAUUGAGAGAGCAAUUCGAGAGCUGGCAACCCCUUUUGAGUAAAGCUUACUUUGUUCUGCAAGUUGAGUCAUUAAUAUUGAAGAUUUGGAAUUUUAGCCUUGAUGUAUUCCAAUUCUUGAAGUCUUCCCAUCAGCAUCUGCCUGAUGAAUUGAGUUCAGCAUCUCUUGAGCACUGCUUGCAGAAAAUUAAGCACGUAGCAUAUGAGCAAGCAUCAUCUGUCAUCAGGGAAGCCAUACGGGAUCAAGUGGAUAGUGUUGGACCAUCCUCGGACAUAAUAGUGAAAAUUGCAGAGAACUUGAGUUUGAGGUCAAACCAGGAGAUUCUGAUAGAGGCUGUGGCCCUUGAAAAGUUGAAGGAGAAUGCUGAACAAGCUGAAAAAACUGCAGAAGCUGAGUUUAUUGAUCAAAUUAUUGCUCUUGUAAAUCGCAUGCAUGAUCGUCUUGUAUCAAUGAAACAAUCUGAGACCUGUAGCCCAGUUCCAAUACCUGCUGAUUUCUGCUGCCCCCUUUCCCUAGAGCUAAUGACUGAUCCAGUGAUUGUGGCAUCUGGCCAAACCUAUGAGCGGGCUUUCAUCAAGAACUGGAUUAGUCUUGGGCUCACUGUGUGCCCCAAGACACGGCAAACUUUGGCUCAUACCACUCUUAUACCUAAUUACACAGUAAAGGCACUAAUUGCAAAUUGGUGCGAGUCAAACAAUGUGAAGUUGCCUAAUCCCACAAAGUCCAUCAGUUUAGACCAAUCCUACCCCCUUCUUGUGCACGCAGAGUCUGGCUUGCCAAGGGAUUCAAAUAGUUUUCCUCCCCCUAGAAGCAGCCAACCAUUGUCACCUGAGUCACGGUCUAGAGGUCAAGCUGGUAAGAACCUAGUCACAUCCGGCGGACUUCAUCACAAGGGAACCUCCCCACUACAUUCUCUUUCUACCUCAGAAAGUUCCUUGCCAGCUAUAGCUGGAAAUGGAGGGGGUUUGGAUGUUGCAAGAAUAUCACUAAACAGUGUGGAAGACAGGUCAAAGUUGGAACAAAGGUAUAGCGAUUCUGUUGGUGAACCCCCUGUGUCACCUUCUAACAAUAUUGGUCAGUCAUCUCAGAACCACACAAGAUCUGUCUCAGCCUCUAGUGCACUUCCUAAUCCAGAUUCUCCUCGAGGAGCUGUUGGAGAUGCCAAUGAGACUUCUGAGGGUUCAACUCAUCUCGCAGCCUACAAUAGUGAUGCUUCUGGAGAGGUAAAAUCCGAUGCACAGCCUAGAGUUAGCUCAGCCAUUCCACAAAGAGAACCUCAGUUUCCUCCUCGGUUGAUGGAUACACGAUCGCGAAGCCAAACAAUCUGGCGCCGGCCAUCGGAAAGAUUCAUUCCAAGAAUAGUUUCUUCUCCUGGUGUUGAGAACAGGGCUGACCUUUCUGGCAUUGAAGCCCAGGUUAAGAAGUUAGUGGAGGACUUGAAGUGCACUUCAGUUGAUACUCAAAGAGAGGCCACAGCUCAACUCAGGUUACUUGCUAAGCACAAUAUGGAUAAUCGGAUUAUAAUAGCGAACUGUGGGGCCAUUGUCUUGUUAGUUGAUUUGCUUCAUUCACCGGAUACGAAGACUCAGGAAAAUGCUGUUACAGCACUUCUUAACUUGUCAAUUAAUGAUAACAACAAAACAGCAAUUGCUGAUGCCGAUGCAAUUGAGCCUCUGAUUCAUGUCCUUGAGACAGGAAGCCCUGAAGCUAAAGAAAACUCAGCUGCCACUCUCUUCAGCCUUUCAGUCAUUGAGGAUAACAAAGUCAAGAUUGGAAGGUCUGGGGCAAUCAAGCCUCUUGUUGAUUUAUUGGGGAAUGGUACCCCUAGGGGAAAGAAAGAUGCAGCUACCGCUUUAUUUAAUCUGUCAAUAUUUCAUGAAAACAAGGCUCGAAUUGUGCAAGCCGGUGCUGUAAGACACCUUGUGGACUUGAUGGACCCAGCAGCUGGAAUGGUUGAUAAGGCAGUUGCUGUUUUGGCUAAUCUUGCUACAAUUCCUGAAGGGAGGAAUGCUAUUGGGCAGGAGAGUGGGAUUCCUGUGCUGGUCGAGGUUGUUGAGUUGGGCUCAGCGAGAGGAAAGGAAAAUGCUGCCGCUGCCCUUUUACAACUCUGCACAACCAGUGGUAGGUUUUGCAAUAUGGUUCUCCAAGAAGGAGCUGUUCCACCACUAGUGGCAUUGUCCCAGACCGGCACCCCAAGAGCUAAAGAGAAGGCACAGGCACUUCUGAGCUACUUCAGGAACCAACGACAUGGUAGUGCUGGAAGAGGCUGAAAGUAGGCAUUGGGUCUAAUACAGUUUGUAUACGUUUGAUGCUUCAAAUAAUGCAUUUUGAGGGUUUGUUGCUUGGGCUUACAUUUUACAGGGUUUUUGUUGUAGAGAAAAAGAGAAUUUUUAAUUUGUAGAGUCCUCUUGUGAAGUGCUUCUGAUACGUGGCAAUUGUGAAUGUAAGAAGUUUCAUACAUGUGAGUCUGUCUGGUGUUUGCAGCCGGGGGAGAAGACGAUAGAAACCAAUGAAUAACGUCUGUCCUGGUUUAUGCCCUCAUGCCUAAUUAUUUUUUACUCAAAACUGUUCUUUCAGAUUAAACUAAAUAUUCAGAUUGAUUUGUAAGAUAUGCAUUUGCUGCCAUUUUAAGCUGUUCUGUACUUUCAUUGGAACAUUGUCUAACCAAACAACUCCUUUUUUCCCUGUAAUCAUGAGCUAUAUAUGAUCGUUUCAGUUUUGUUA